AUGGCUGACUCAAAUCCAGAAACUGGUAAUAUUUAUCGUUGUGUUGUUUUUCCUCAAAUAAUAACUUUUAUUAUUAUUAUAAAUUGUAUCUUUGUUCUAGCUGAAUGCUUUAUGGAUCCAGAAGUUUCGAGAUGUCCACCACACAAGCCUGAAGUUUCGAAAUGUCCACCACACAAGCCUGAAGUUUCAAAAUGUCCACCAUACAAGCCUGAAGUGUCAGCAUGUCCACCAUACGAGCCUGAAAUGUCAAAAUGCCCACCACAUACUUAA